GGGUGGCUCCCAGCGUGGACACCUGGAUUCCAGCCCUUCUGCAGGCUCUCAGCGCACUGACUGCUGGAAAGGAGAAGCCAAGACGAUGAGCGCGACCAUUUGCACCCCGGUGGUUCUCACCGUCUACAUCUUCACCUUCCUGAUCGGCCUCCUGUCCAACCUCCUGGCCUUCUACACCUUCCUGGUGAAGGUCUGCCAGAAAACCACCCCCGUCGACAUCCUUCUCCUCAACCUCACCAUAUCCGAUAUCUCCCUCCUCAUCUUCCUGCCCUUCAGGAUGGUGGAGGCUGCCUCAGGCAUGGAGUGGUCCUUGCCUGCUUUCCUCUGCCCACUCACCAACUACUUCUACUACAGUAGCAUCUACAUCAGCUCCCUCUUCCUCAUGGCCGUCAGCAUUGAGCGCUACUUGGGCGUGGCCUUUCCUAUCAAGUACAAGCUCUGGCGCCGGCCAGCCUAUGCCACAGCUGCCUCCGUGGUCUUCUGGGUGGUGGGCUGUACCCACUGCAGCAUCGUCUACAUUGUCCAAUACCAAGACCCGAGCCAGAACAGGACAGCACCCUUCAACAAUGCGUCCCACUGCUACGAAGAUUUCUCCCCUACACAGCUCCAGAUCCUGCUCCCUGUCCGGCUCGAGAUCUUCCUGGUCCUCUUCUGCCUCCCCUUCACCGUCACCAUCUUCUGCUACGUCAACUUCGUCCGCAUCCUGAUGGCCCUGCCCAACAUCCCGGCCCGGAGGAAGCAGCGGGCCGUGGGCCUGGCUGUGGCCACCUUGUUCAACUUCAUAGUCUGCUUCGCCCCCUACAACCUGUCCCAUGUGGUGGGCUUUGUCCAGAACAAGAGCCCCUCCUGGAGGGUGUACGCUCUUCUCCUCAGCACCCUCAACGCGGCCUUGGACCCCGCCAUCUUCUACUUCUCCUCCACUGCUGUCCAACGGGCCUUCACCAAGUGCCUGGCCGGCCUGUGGCACAAACUCAGCCCCUUCAUGGCCCGGUGCCAUCUCCCCUACUUGACUUGCAGCGGGGAAGGGGGCAGAGAGGGGGAGGCAGACAGUGGGGACGAGGCUGAGGGGUCAAUGACUUGACUCCCAGGGUGACACCAACUCUCUGUUUCUUCCGCAGAGCCUUCCUUGUCCUAUGUGUCACAGGAGAAAGAGAUCCUGCACUUCAGACAGGGACGGCAUCUUCUGUCCUUCCCUGCACCUCCUGAGAGUAGACAGCAGCGUGUGGCAGGGCUUGGAGCUGGUGCCCAACUUCCACAAGGCUUUGGCCUACUUGAGCUUCUAUGUGGUUGGCCAAACUUGGCUCCAAAGGGCUUUGGUUGACCUGAAGUCGGGGUCGCCAUGGUGUCAAGGGCCUUCUUAUGCCGCUGCCGGGCCACAACUAAGCAGUUGACCAAGCUGUCACUGGACUUUGGCUUACUUCAGCUUUGGAGCGAGUGUCCCAACUUCCUCAAGGAUCCGGCCUCUCUCUGUGUCAGGGUCAUCAUGGCGUCAAAGGCCUUCCUUGGUCGCUGCUGGCUCACAAGCGAAACAUAGACCGAUUUCAGCUGGAGGGUCCCCUCAGCGCCCUCCACUCACUCCUGGUCUUUCCUUCUCCAUGGUUGGACUAAUGGGCAAACAAUUUACUAUGGGUUGUAACUGCAAGGGGGGAACCAAGUGGGGGUUGCUUGAGGGAGGGCAAACAAGCUGGGCUGAGCUUGUCCCAUUUCGGGGAACCAUUUAGUGGCAGAUGAACAAGGACCAGGCUCCGUGAGGGGCCUGUGGGCCCCGAGUUUGCCCUUGUUGUGCUAUGGAGAGCUCCUCAUUCUUGGCCACUAGCAUUAGUGCAUGUUGGCCUCUGUGGAAAUGUUGUUACUGCCUCAGUGGGACUGGAAUGCAAGAGGCUGCAGCCCAGCUCGCUAUUGCUUGAGCGAAAGGAGAAAUGCCGUGUGUUGGCAGCAGGGUGGAUGGGAAGGAUUUGGACUCUGGACCUUCACUAUCAAUGCAGGGCGCUCUAUGCAAACAGUCGUGGGAAGGCUUUUACUGAGCAGGAUUAGAAAGCAGGACUUCCAGCACCACAGUGAAUGGCUCACGUGAUCUAAAGGCAGAGUACCUUUUGCAGCAGUAAUAGAGCUGUUAUCCUCCAAGUAUGCUGUUGGUGGGGGAUGGGCGAUUAGCAGGCACCCGUACAAUGGACACUGGUCCCUGUGGGUCUGUUCCAGGUCCGGACAUAGAGCUGAGAUCUCCCUCACGCAAGGUCCUGCAUCUCCUCCCUUCG